AAAAAAAAAGUAAAAGAGAAGGUAUUAAAUGCAAGGUAGGGUGUGUGUGUGUAAGACUACAGAGAAGCAGGUGAGGUCAAAUGAGACACAACACUUAAUGCAUUGAGCAGCAGAAGAAGAAGAGUUAAGUAGAGAAGAGUUAAAAGAAAAAUGGAACUUAAUGGAGAAAUAGAGAGAAGCAGUAGAAAAGAAGAUGAAGGAAAAGAAGUUUACUACCCUCUUAUCAACUCUCCAUGUUCUGCCUUUCACAGAACUGUUGAAGCCAUAUUGAAGUGUCUUGGUCUUGAGUCAUCAUCCAUAUCACCAUCGUCAUCAUCAUCAGAAGACCCUGGAACCGAAACUGUUCAGGAAACGGGAUUUAUGGCGAUGGUUGCAAGAUUGACAAGAAGGAGACCAAGACCACCUUACAGCUCAGGACAACCUGGUCAGAUCAACUGAUUGAUUCUGAUUAACACUCUUAAAGACUAUAUAUGUCUUUGUGUUUGUGCUUAAAACUCAGUUGUGGUCUAAGUUUCCUUUUUUUUUUGUUUUUUGUCACGACGUCUAAGUUUCCCUACUUUCCAUUCUACUUACCUUUUGUGAGCGGGGUUGGCUUUAUUUAUUUGGAAUAAAACAAACUUGGUAGACUCUUUUGUGGGCGAUGUAAUGAUCGUGUAGGUUUAUUUUGUGUAGCGGAUACCUUCUGUCUUGUUGUCAUCUAUGUAAUUUGAUACUUUGAUUGUACUAUGUUUUUCUUUGAACCAAAAUUCA